AUGAAGAAUGGUGGGACGCUUCCUGAUUCACGUUUGCCGACCAACCAACUUCUGACCAUACUCUCAUACUCGCUCUUUGUUAUUCCAUUCCCAGUACUCAACCAGCGACCCCUAUUAGAUCCGACACUCUGGAAGGACGCCACCUUGAAAAUCGCCAAAUCUUGUAACAAGAUGUUACAAACUAACGAACCAACUGCUCAGCUUCCCUCGGCAUUCGCUGCAGCACUUGCUGAGUUGAAGGCAGAUAAUGAAGCGCGAGAAGCGAGGGCGGUAAACCGUCGCAACGAAGCGGCGACCCAGAUGGUGACAAUGAAGCGCGAGCUCACAUCACUCAGUAGGAUCGGUGAAGGACGAGCUCACAUCACUCAAGGGCCAAGUAGGAUUGAUGAAGAACGAGCUGGCUAG